UAACAGUAACAGGUCUCCUCUUUCUCAAAAAGUCAGAAGUCAAUGCUUUCAGUAUCCUAUCUCUCUUCUAAUUCUAGGUCCUCCGAAGCCUCGCUUUGUGCAAUCAUUCAACAUUCUCAUCUCUUUCAGAUCUCAUCCUCGCCACUCAUUUUCAUCUAUAUUUACGGUUAUUUUUUCUUUAGAAAAUUUGGUCGUGAAAAAUUUUAGAUCUGAUCCAGACUUGCUUUGUUCAGCAGAGGGUUUUUUGGUUUUCUUAAUUAAUGGCUUCUCUAGAUAUGUCUCUUGAUGAUAUGAUUAAGAGCAGGCGCAACAGUGAUAGAGGCAGAGGACGAGGCAGGCCUCGGCGUGGAAGAGGCUCACGAGGAUCCUUUAGAGGUGGAAGGACUACUGAAGUUCCUGGCAGAGGUCCACUUGGUAUAAAUGCUCGGUCAUCAGCUCACACCAUUGCCAAGUCCUUCCGCAGAACCAAGAAUUUGCCAUGGCAGAAUGGUCUGUUUGAAGAUGGCCUUAGAGCAGCUGGGUUGUCAGGAUUAGCAAAUGGUACAAAGUUAUAUGUCUCCAACUUGGACAUUGGAGUGACAAAUGAAGAUAUAAGGGAAUUAUUUUCGGAGCUUGGAGAGUUGAUAAGAUAUGCAAUUCACUAUGACAAGAAUGGACGUCCAAGUGGUUCGGCUGAAGUGGUUUUUGCUAGGAGAAGUGAUGCAUUCCUAGCUCUUAAGAGAUAUAAUAAUGUCCAACUGGAUGGGAAGCCUAUGAGGAUCGAAAUAAUUGGUACUAAUGCAGAGAACCCUGUCUCAGCUCGCGUGAAUGUAGUUGGAGGGGCAAAUGGAAAAAGGAGAACAGUUGUUAUGACGCCUGGACCAGGUAGUCGUUCCAGAGGAGGCUCAAGUUCUGCUAAUCGUAAUCCUGGCCAAAAUAGCCGUGGUGGUUUUAGGAAUGGACGUGGAGGUGGACGAGGGGGGCGUGGAGGGGGAAGAGGAGGUGCUCGCUGGAGAAAGAAAACUGUUGAAAAAUCGUCCGGUGAACUUGAUAAGGAGCUUGAGAACUAUCAUGCUGAAUCAAUGCAAACAUGAUUCGACAUCUCUAGUCGAAGUAGUUAGAACUGUAUCUGUACAAAGUUUGAGAUGGCAAUCUUGUAGUGGUUAUUGUUUAUUGGAUGCUUUUGUGUUGCUAUGCUUUCUACUUUCUUGUGAUGUAAACGAAGAGAACUGAAGUUUGAUGCUUUAUGUUACCUGGGUGUUUCCAUUUUUUCUA